ACCACGGUCAUACUUUAAACCCCACGCUUAAUUUUAGCUGCAAAAAACUUUGUUUAGUUUGGAAAAUUCGCAAAUUACUCGAAAAAUGCCGGAGGAUACAGAAGUCCAAGUGGACGACAAGCGCAACAACUUGCCCUGGAUCGAAAAGUACCGCCCAGUAAAGUUCAAGGAGAUUGUGGGCAACGAAGACACCGUGGCGCGUCUCUCAGUGUUUGCCACCCAAGGAAAUGCCCCCAACAUAAUUAUUGCGGGUCCUCCGGGCGUGGGCAAGACCACCACCAUCCAGUGCCUGGCGCGCAUCCUGCUGGGAGACAGCUACAAAGAGGCGGUCCUCGAGCUGAACGCCUCGAAUGAGCGGGGCAUCGAUGUGGUGCGCAACAAGAUCAAGAUGUUUGCCCAGCAGAAGGUGACACUGCCGCGCGGCCGUCACAAGAUCGUGAUCCUGGACGAGGCCGACAGCAUGACGGAGGGCGCCCAGCAGGCGCUGCGCCGCACCAUGGAAAUCUACAGUAGCACCACGCGCUUCGCCCUUGCCUGCAACACCAGCGAGAAGAUCAUCGAGCCCAUCCAGUCUCGCUGCGCCAUGCUGCGCUUCACCAAGCUCUCCGACGCCCAGGUCCUGGCCAAGCUCAUCGAGGUGGCCAAGUGGGAAAAGCUCAACUACACGGAGGAUGGCCUCGAGGCCAUUGUCUUCACUGCCCAGGGCGACAUGCGUCAAGGACUGAACAACCUGCAGUCAACCGCCCAGGGCUUCGGCGACAUUACCAUGGAGAACGUGUUCAAGGUCUGUGACGAGCCACAUCCCAAGCUUCUGGAGGAUAUGAUUCAACACUGCGCGGCCAACGACAUUCACAAGGCGUACAAGAUCCUGGCCAAGCUCUGGAAGCUGGGCUACUCGCCCGAGGACAUCAUCGGCAACAUCUUCCGCGUCUGCAAGCGCAUCAACAUCGACGAGCACCUGAAGCUGGACUUUAUCCGCGAGAUCGGCAUCACCCACAUGAAGAUCGUCGACGGCAUUAACUCCCUGCUCCAGCUCACCGCCCUGCUGGCUAAGCUAUGCAAUGCGGCCGAAAAGCACUGAUUUUGUUUUUAUUAAAAGAUAUGUUUAAGAGGAAA